AUGGACGUGCAGUGCCAGGGGACGGAGGCGGCGCUGGGGACCUGCACCUACAAGCAUGCGGAGAACCUCUGUGAGCACUUCGACGACGUGGGGCUCGCUGGCCUGGAGAGCCCUGGAUCAGGGCAGGGACGGGUGGACGCCUGGGAUACCGGGGGGGGCUGGGCUCUGACUGAGCAGCCUUGCUGGGACCUAGUGGUGAGAGCAGGAGUCUGGGAGCCAGGUCUUGGGUCUACCCUUGCUCUGUACGUUUUGGUCACUCCCUGCUCCUCAUUUCUGUCUCUCCACCUGCCUUUCCCUGCAGAGGUGCCAAAGGUGCCGGUUCGGCUGGUGGGCAGCAACGGCACACACUGCAGUGGACAGGUGGAGAUUUUCCACCAGGGCCGCUGGGGCACCGUGUGUGGGCUGGGUUGGGACCUGAGAGAUGCCAAGGUGCUUUGCCGGGAGCUGGGCUGCGGGAGCCCGCGGUACAUCGCCCAAAGCUGCAGCAAGUUCAGUCGGAGCUCAGAGCCCAUCCUGCUGGGCCUGCUGGACUGCACCGGGAACGAGACCUCGCUGACCCAAUGCCAAUUUCAGGACUGGGCAGAAAAGCCCUGCCCGCACCCCUGGGACACAGGAGUCACGUGCCAAGAGCCCUUUGCGCUGCGGCUGGUGGACGGCCCAGGGAGGUGCGCCGGGCGGCUGGAGGUGCAGUAUGACGGGGAGUGGGGCACCGUGUGUGACGACCACUGGUCCAAUUCCAGUGCCGACGUGGUGUGCCGGGAGCUGGGCUGUGGCCUUGCUGAGCCAGUGGCCCCAAAGCUGAAGGACCGGCCCCGCUUUGGCAAGGCUACGGGGAGAAUAUGGCUGGAUGACGUCCGCUGCAAAGGCACUGAGAAGACCCUGCAGAACUGUGCCCACCAUGUCUGGGGCUACCACGACUGCACCCACCAUGAGGACAUCAGCGUGGUCUGCCAGGAGAGCUGAGCCAUCCACAGCUCCUCCGCGGCCUCCCACGGCUCCCCUGCCGUCUGAGCUUCCAACUUCCCGGCCCUGCCUGCCCAGCCUGGGAUGAACACAGGGACCCAGAGCAUUCCUCUGCCCCUCCCCCCAAGCCACAUUCUGUGGGCUCUGCAGUUCCUGG